CCCAUAACUCACAAAGCUUAGUUUAUUUUCUCUUCAUUCACAAUCAUCAAAUUCUGCGCAAGGUAAAGAUGAAGAUGAGCAGUGCCACCAUGGGAGCCUCAAAAAGAAGGCUAUCAAGCAAAGGCCUUGGAGGGGUCCUCCGAGAGCAAAGGGCUAAGCUUUAUAUUAUACGAAGAUGUGUGGUUAUGCUUCUUUGCUGGCAUGAUUGAAGCUCCUUGGCCAUGCUAAUGGUUAUGGAGGAUUUUGGGGGUCUUUUUUCCUUUUUUCUUCUUCUCUUGGUGGAGUGUAAAUACUAGCAGCGGAUAUUAUCGGAGAGCUAAAAAAACAAUUUUUGUAUGCCUUGGCUUUACGACCAAGAUGUAAAUUUGAUAGCUUGAAUUAAAUCUUUGAUAUUAAUUAUUUAACAAAGUAUAUGGUCGUUUAUUCUUUUCCAU